CAUUGUAAACACAAACGAAAAAGAAUCAUAGUCUACUCAUUUGUUUUUGGAUUCUUUUUCUGAAAGAUUGUUAACGCGUUUUUUAAGGGGCUUGUCUGAAUGGAAAUUGUAAUAAACCCUUAGAAGCAUUUAUGAAAGGGUAUAUGAAAAUUAAAUACCCUUAUAAGGGUUUAUUAUUCUACCCUUUUUUUUUACAGUGUACUCAGCAAAGUCUCAACAUGAGUAGGGCGAUGAUCGAUUACAACUUUCAUUAGUCAUUGAAAAGUAGUUAUUUUCCAAAUUUUCUAUUAGUUUAAUUUGAAUUUUCCAUAUACCAGGGGAUUACUUUUAUUGCCUCUUCAUAAAAUGAUUUCAAUGGAGGAUAAUUAGUUUUAUAUCGAACCAUUUCUUUACUCGAAACGUAAUCCAUGAAUUUGUACACGAGUUAAUUAUGAAGUUUCAAUUCCAUGCCAUGAAAUGUUCAUUAUUUUGAUAGGAAACUUAUUUUCUGAGUUUUGUUUUAUAUGUAACUUAGUGGUGGAAGUAGAUUAAUGGUUAGGUUCGAUGAUAACCGGAAAGAAAAACAUCGACAACUAUUGCCAUGUGGUUGUAAAACGAUUUCACAUUGUACGAUUAUGUGAAGAAAUGGGCUGUGAUAUGCAAGACGGGCUGCUAAAAAAGGAAGAACGCAUGUGUUUGAUUGCACUUAAAUAGAGUUGUAGCAAGUAAAAACCGAUGCCCGAUGAGCAGCAAGCUAAAAAUGGUUUGGCAAAUUUUAUUGAAGAAAGCUAAACCAUAUAACUGUUGAAAGAAAAAGAUCAAGCGAGAAAUAUUGGCACUCAAAUAGCUAUGAUAGAAAUUUUUUAGGCUAUUUUGAAAACCCUUUGUUUUACGAUGACACUCAAAUUGUGGUUACAAUGAAUGGCAAGCGAAUCGCAUGAGAAUCCUUUCACAAGACUAUUCGAGUCUAGUUGUUGGAAUUAUGAUAUCAUAUCAACAGUUAAAUUAUACCUCAGAUUAGCGUAGUCGAACUCAACAAUCAAGUUUAAGAGUAGACUGAAGAGUGCCCUUUUCAUUUGCCCAGAUUUAAUUGACUCAAAAGAAGUAAUAACGUCUAAUUGGUUCAGACAAUAUCUUAAAGAGCUAGACAUCUAAGUGAACAUCUUUCUCACAGUAUAAAUAGGACAUUUUAAAAAGAGAUGCGACUGUUUAAUCGGCAAUUUCGAAUUGUUCAGGGGUGGUGCCAUUUUUCUGGAAGAUGGCGUUGAAGUGGGCAAUGUUUUACGCGGCAACUUGGCCGUAUUUGUUCAAACAAGUUCGAGUCUGCUCAAUGAAGAUUUGACACCCGCUGCGAUUUGGGCAACCAAUCCGUACAAUACUAUCGAAAACAAUGCUGUCGCUGGUGGUACUCAUCUUGGCUAUUGGUAUCGAAUGCUUAAAAAACCCGAUGGGCCUUCGUUUGCCAUGUAUCCAGGCUAUUGUCCAUAUCGACAACCAUUCGGUCGAUUCUUCAACAAUAGUGUACACAGUACGGGUGUUGCCGGUGUUUGGAUCUUUCCCGAGUAUUCACCGACAGUGGGUGGUAGCUGUACGAAUGAUGCACCCACUCAAGCCGUGUUCGAAGGGCUAAUCUCAUGGAAGAAUUUUAAAGGUAUGGAAUGGGUUAUGGCAAGCACGAUUCAAAUCAAAAGUGCACUCGUCUUCGACAGUAGUGAUGCGGGUCUUUCUUGUGUCACUGCUAUUAACGAUGGUGCAACCAAUUUACCCAAUCUUGAGGCAACAUUUUAUAACGAAAAUACAGGGUCAUCAGUCAUCGAUUCAAUCAUCAUUGGUGAUUUGGGUGUGUCAGGAGCUCCUAUUGUACCAACAACGGCAGGCCUCGUUGUCAUGUGGGAUCGUGGUCUUCUCGUACGAAAUGUUUCAUUUAUCAACUUACCUAGUCCACAAACUCAAGCCCUUUUCGGACCGAUUAUCAUUGGUCGAUGUGUUGAAUAUUGCGGAGGCUGGAUGACCAAAUUUUCACAAUUAUCAUUUACGAAUGUUACCAAUCGUGGCAACUUUCGAUGGCAAUAUGAUGGUUUGUAUCUCGAUGAAGAUGGAUCAUUGGGCAAUGUUCCAGGUGCAAUGAUCCUGUCACCCGAUGGCCUUUGGAAUACUUCGACUUUGUGUUCACCAACACCCAAUUUUCUCAAUGCCGUCACUUGCCCAGCGUCAGUGGGAAACUGGAUUCGAUUUGCCUUCAAUAAUGCCAAUCUUGAUACAAGUGGCCAAUUUCUCUUCAUCACUGACUCGCAAAAUAGUAACGAAGCUGUUGUACCAUCACGUCAUAAGCGACUCACGCAUCCCAGUGGUUACAUGAUGGAUUUACUCACAAAUCGAGUGUAUUCGUUCUCGUUCCAAAAUGCCAAUACAUCAGUCAACUUGUCAUAUACUGGCGUCGUUUACAAUUUGGUUCCUGGUGAUUAUCUCAUCGUACAACACGGAAUUGAGUUCAUGCCUGAUCAAGUUUACACAAUCUCAAGUACAUCGAUGGCCUACCAAUCGAGUACACCUCUAUCUGGUGCGACUAGCAACAAUGGUGAUUGGCAUUACGAUAAUAACACAUCGUUAUUUUCCUAUAUUGUGAAAAAUCCAUCAUCCAACACAGUUUUUAUUGAUGUAACACUAGUAUUGAAUGUCAUCAAAUGUCAGUAUCCAAAUUGUCAACCACCAAUUCAGCCUGGACUCCAGCUGCCAGCUACGGCUCGACCAGCUAAUGCUUUGUAUUGGUCGAAUGAUUCUGAUUGGCAUUUCGCUACCCAAGGCUACGGUGGAUAUGGUAGUGUCAAACCUGGUAAUAAUACAAAUAUCUAUAUCCCAUUUGGCAUUUGGCUCGUUGUCGAUUAUCCAUUACCGUGUAUUCUGUCGUUGCGAAUCGACGGCGUACUCGAAUUCGAACAGGGUAUGGACAAUAUUCUCACCGCGAACAGUAUUCUCAUCAAUGGUGGUCAAUUAAUCGUUGGCUGGCCUAACAAUCCGCUGAAUUCAUCAGUAGACAUUAUUAUAACGGGAUCUACUACGACCAAUGUUCCUUUGCCCAACAAUGCUGGAACGCUCGGCCCAACAGUGAUAGGUGUUUUGGGUGGUCUUGAUCUUCACGGUAUACCACGUACUGUCUCAUGGACUCGGCUGGGUGCAACAGCUGCCUCAGGGCAAAAUACAAUUGUAUUGAGCCAACUAGUUGAUUGGGUUGUGGGUGAUGAAAUCAUCGUGACAACAACAGAUACAAGCAUCGGACAUACCGAACGACAUACCAUUGCUAGUGUGAAUCGAACGAUAAUCACUACACAGAUUGCUCUGGCAUAUACACACAUUAUCAUUGACAAUGUGUUUCCUAAUGGACAAGUGGCACAGGUAGCUGCCGCCGUUGGUCUGCUGACACGAAAUGUACGCGUCAUCAAUCGAAAUCCCGCUUCAGAUCUCUUCGGCUUUCGGAUUUUGGUGACUGAUUAUGAAACGAAUAUUUGGAAUCCGGUCAUGAAUCAAUCUAUGAAUACAUACUACAAAGGCUAUGCUCGAAUUUCGGACACACAAUUUAUUGGCUACGGACAAUUUGUCGAUGCACCUAAUGAUGACCUGCGCGAAGGUAUUCACUUAUAUAAUCUAGGCGACUGGAAUGCAUCACGACCGACCUAUGUUGACUCGUGUUCAUUUGACGGUGGAUCCUUUUCAGCAAUCGGUUUAUGGAGCACAAAUGGUGUUCCAAUCACGAACAACGUUGUCUACAAUACAUAUCAAUCUGGUAUCGUUGCCGCAGGACAGAACAACAUCAUCGAUCAUAAUCUUGUCUCGACUGUUUAUUGGUCGGGCACGGCACAACCUCAGUAUGCUGAAUUCAAUGUAAACAACGACGGUGCAAUCAUGUCACGUGAUGCAAUCAGUGUGGUCAUGCAGAACAAUCUGGUAGCGGGUGUAGAACGUUUGGCCUAUCGUAUUCAGGGUAAUUCAUGCCCAAGCACUGUUCUUACGGUCGGUAUGAACAAUAGCUAUUGGAACAAUGAGGCCCAUUCUGCUAUGUCUGGUGUGAACCUCUGGCCAAUGGAUACAGGUUUUCAAUCCGAUUUAGAAUGCGUUUUGAUUACAGGUUUUCGAACGUACAAAGCAUGGUACUAUGGUAUCUACAUCAACACCGCGCGCAACAUCAUUAUUGACUCGUGCUCGGUAAUUGAUGGAAAUGUUGGCAUUUUUACAUUUGUCAUAGGGCCUCCGGCUCUAUCACAUGUGGUGGGCAACAAUACGAUCACAAUUCAAAAUUCCGUGGUCAUUGGUGCUAUAACACCCAACGAUUGUGGCGAUACUGUAGAUCAGACACCAAUCAAUAUCCUAUAUUCACAGAAGGCCGUACCUACCGUCUCGGCCAAUUCGUCGGGUGGUUCUGCGGGUGGACGAUGCGGCAUUGUUUUUCCGUAUAUGGGGCUAUAUAACAUGAUGCCAAGUCAUCCGUGGUCAGGCAUGGAUUCCUAUCCGACUAUCGAUGGUUUAAUGAUAGUGACAAAUGUUACACUUGCUUUUUUCAAUUUUGAAUGUAGCAGUCGUCAAGACUUUGCUUUUCAAGUGGGUCAACACAAUGAUGACGGUCAAUUUCCAAUCACAACCAAUAGAUUGUUUAUUUAUAACACAUCGCAAACAAAUCUCAUCAACAGCGGGUGGCCCAAUCUCGAUGUUGUCAAUCAAGCCCGAUGCGGGGAUAUGGAUUGUGAUGGUCUCAAGAAAGAUUUACUCAUAGAUGAGGACGGGACAUUGUUCGGUCAACCGUCGAGUGUCUUUUCCGAUUCGGAACAUUUUUGGGGCAAUCAACAACAUGGAGUUGGAGAUUUUCGCAUUCCAUCCGUUGCGUUGGCCGAUUCGACCGGUCAAAUGAUCAACAUCAGUUCAAUCUAUCCCUAUCGUGGCAUUAGUCGCGGACCCACAUGUGCUUAUCAGCCGUCGUGGCAAAUGUAUCUCUGUACGAAUGCCAUUGACUAUCGAAUGUUGAUCAUGGAAAGUAUGGAUUCAGACACCGAAACUCGACGUCUUUCGCCUGUUGCCAUCAUGUCUGACAAUGGCUAUAUCGAUUUGAUCAAUGGACCAGAAGAUCAUGGCUGGUGUAAUGGAUUUUCGUGUGGAACGCGAAUUUCGACAUUUAUGCUUCUUAUUGAAUCAGGACAUCAAUAUCUAAUCUAUUUGUCGAGCACACAACCAAAUGACAUGCGUUUUCGAAUCAUCAACAGCAACGCAUCCGUCGUCAACAUAUUGGCUCUUCGAUACGAUUCUCUGCAACAGAUCGACGUUUAUGCCAAUGGUAUUUAUGUAGCGCCCAUCAAUCAGAAUACAAACUAUCCCUAUAUGAUGCUAAUGGACACGCCAAACACGCUCACACUUUCGUCGCCAGUUGGAUCUAACUUUUUCAAUAGAACUACACAAAUGGCAUACUUUGUAAUCGACGGUAAUACUGUAAUCGAUCUCGUGAUUUCUCCAUUGAUCGUGCUCACCUUUGGUUUGCCUCCGCAAACACCGACAAGCUUCUUCUCUGGAAAUUUAGUCGCCAAUUUGGCAGCGUUGCUUGGUGUCCCUGAAAACAUGAUUGUACGUGUGAACAUUGUUUCAGCCAAUAAUAACACUCGAGUGCGUCGUCAAUCAUCCAACGCAGGUUCAUAUCAAUUGAGAGUCGAAAUUCGCAGCAGUCCAGUUCAAAGUCUAUCAGGAAAUUUUUCAGUAACAGCUCAGCUAAUGGCUAACCUCACAUCCAUAAUCAUUAAUCAAUAUCAAUCAGGCGAAUUGCAAAUGGCUUGGGCCAAUUUUACAGCUACAAACGGCACUGCUCCAUCGAGUUUGACUAUCCAGGAACCAAACAAUCAGACAUCGUUCCCAUUGAGUGUCAUUGCAAGAAUCGCACUUGUUACACCACCAGCCUCAUGUCGUGAACAGAGUCCGUGCACGACUCAACCAGUUCUCGUUGCAUAUGACUCAGCCGGAAAUGUUAUUCAAAAUUUGGGCUCAAUCCAGUAUCCAUGGCAAGUGGUUGCCAGUAUUGUUGGUCAACCGAAUGUAACAGUUCCAGGUGCAAUUGCCAACUACACGAAUGGACAAACACAAUACAGUAACUUCGGCUUGCCAUAUAUUGGCACGUAUCAAGUUAUAUUCGCUUUCAUUCAACCGAAUGGUGUCAGCAUUUCGUUCAUAACAAAUGCUAGUAUGACGGCUAAUUCAUCUUCGGUAACUGUCGGACAAGCUUCUCUGGCCGUUACAGUAGUUGAGCCUAUCUAUGUGGUCACAGUUAACCAACCUUUCAACAUUUCUGUCAGGCCAAUCGAUAGUAUCACUGGUGGUCAACUCGGUCAAAUUUGUUGGAAUAACUGGACGUGGACAGCCAAUAUUUCACUUCACACUUUAUCUCAAUGCAAUCCUCACGGUGCACUUGUUAUAAGUACAACAUCAAUUACCAUCGUCGAUCCAAUGGCGAACAUGGUUCAAGUCACUAAUUUAAUGAUCAAUCACAUAGGCAUGUAUAUUUUGAGUAUACGUUUGGUAUCGUCGAACAAUCAAUAUUCGUUGCAUGUCACUUCUAACGGUAUUCUUGCUAUCGCCAAUGGCACGGUUCUUCAAACUAAUUCCGGUCAACCGUUGACAUACGUUAAAUUGGCAGGUGACUACACGUCGUUGAACACGUCUGGCAUGCUCGAAAUCACACGAGCUAUGAUCUAUAAUGGUCUACUGGAGAUCAACAUGCCUAUUUCAAGUGAUCUCGUUUUAUCAAACGGUAGUAUUGUAGCGUCAUUCUUGACUACUUCGAACCCAGUCGCCAAUGCCCAAGGUUUCAGUAAUCUUUCGUCUAGUACAAAUCUAGCGGGUUACAGCGUUACUGGAUACAGUUAUAAUGGCGCUGUAACUUCGUUACAGUCGAAUACCCAGACUUCAAAUCAAGGUUCGUCGCCAAGCACGUUAAAUAUUGGUGUAGUGAUUGGUGUUGUCAUUGGAGCUGUUCUCGGCGCCUCAAUCAUUGUGCUCGGCACUUUCUUCGGCUAUCGCGCCUACAAGAACCAAAUCAAACCGGUCCGUCUGCUCGAUGAUCCAGAUACUGCGAAUUCAUUUGAACCACAAUCUCUUCGAAACGAUCAGAGUAGUUUGAAAAUAGAGCCAAAAGACUCAGCUCUCAAUUCGCCAAUACAAAAACCAUCACCAAUAGAACAUGGAUCGAAUGCCAUACGAGAUAUAUCUGUUAAGAAUCCAACCGUCUCAUUGCCUGUCAACCGCGUCAAUUCACCUUCAAUAUUAAAUACACCUCGAGCUCCAUCGGCUGCGAUCAGUGUUACUAUGCUCGAUUUUACAGGACAAGCCAACGGGCAACAUAUGAAUUAUAAAAUGCCCGAUGUGGAACUCAUCAAAUUCGAAUGA